AUGUUAAAUCGCUCAAUUGACUCAGGUGCCGAUUCGUUGCAGCCACCUUCAUACGAAAAUUCGGUUGUUGGCGGUGAAUCUGGUAGUGGUUCAUCAAGACUUGCAUCUAAUAGUAGUCGAAAGCAAAAGAAGAAAAAUGUACCAUACAGGCCCUCGAGAGAGUUACAACAACAGAUUGAUUUGUUGUCAAAUACAAAAGGCAACAAGCCUGUGACUAAGCUUUCAUCGGUAUCGAGUAAUGCUCAUACCGAGUACUUUGAUAUCUUACCUUCUUUUGAAAUGUUUCAGAGCAUCUUGAAACGAGAUGACCAACAAUUCCAAGAAGACUUGUCUACGAGUCCACCGGAAUAUGGAGAUACAACACAUAGCAGACCUAGUAUACCUGCUUCGCCGAGGAUUUUUCCACAGCAAUCAAUAGAUCGAAAUUUAGCCGAAGUAUCUCGAAGACUCGAACACGAUAUAGAGCUACAGCGAGACCGUCUUCAAAGUUUAAAUGCUUUCUUUAAUAAUGAUGUAGGAUUGUCGCCAACAAUAAGCACAUCCGAGGGUGCCGGUGCCACAGCAGCACACAACGACAAUGUAGCGGUGACAUACGACACUUCUGGAGACUCGCCAUUGGACAAUAUUGACCGCUUACAAAAAGCUACUAAUCCGCACAUUGAUAUACAAAUAUACGUUACCAAGGGAAUACCGCAACCAAAUGCUGAAAACGAUUUGGAAACCAAAUUAAAAGAAUAUACAAGUGGGGACCAUGUGAAUGGGUAUGUAAUUGUUAAAAAUACUGCUAAUGUCCCAGUUAAAUUUGGAUUAUUCACCGUCUCAUUAGAAGGUACCGUUAAACUGCUUGAGCGCAAGCCAAACUCAUCGAACCGCAAAUAUAGCAAGAUUUUGAUGAAGAAGUUUUUGAAAAUGUAUGAUUUGAGUGCCAGUUAUAGUUACGGUUAUUUACCCAGCAGUGCUGGUAUUGAAUAUGAACCUUUUUCAAAGGACAGAAAUGAUGGCUGUGAAAUUGGAUUGCCCGAUAGUAGGGUUUUGCAGCCUCAGCAACGAUAUAAGAAGUUUUUCACUUUUAAGUUUCCACACAGAUUACUCGACAAUGUGUGUCAAGACUCUAUAUUGCCACAUUUGCUUCCUCCGCCAUCAAUGGGGGUGGACAAGACUUCUUUUGGUAAUAGGAGUGAAGGAAUAGUGUUGAACAAGGCACUAGGAUACGGAUCAUUGAAUUUGAGAGGUACACCGGUUGUUACCAGGGACUAUGGAUUUGAUGAUUUGAGUAUUUCAUAUGCGAUUGAAGCGAAAAUCAUAGAUAAAGUCAACUCCAAAGAUGCAGUUUCGCACGAAGAACUUAAUCAUGCUAAGCAUCAAGAUUACGUUCUUUCCAAGCAUGCACAAUAUUUCCUCCGGUUUAUACCGCAGAUAACCGAGCAGCUUGAGUAUUGCGAGCUUCACAAUGUGGGAAAUUACCUGGAAAAUAAUAUAGGUGAGAAGUUUCUUGAUCAGUUUCGACUAAAUAGCACUUGGAGAGUUAUAAAUGAAGAGAAUCAAAAGAUUGACAGAUUUAUUGAUCAGCAUUUUUCAGGUGAAGUGAGUUUAGAGGAUUUGAAGUUGAAAAAUCUGGUGCACAGUAUGCAAUCACCGACGCUGCCACCAGUACCAUCAUCAUCAUCAUCAUCAUCAUCGCUAUUACCAUUACCAUCACCAUCACCAUCACCAUCACCAUUACUAUUUCCAACUGUAUCAAAACACAGGGGAAAGGAAGAAGAAGCGAAGCAUGAAGUAUAUGUCAGCACAAUACUGCCGAUUGAGAUCUUUGGCAAAAAGAAACAAAUGAUAUUGUCUUCCCAAGUCAAGAUUGGAGAACUGACUAUGAGUGUAAAAGUCCCCAAUGGUGUUGUACAAUAUUCAGUCCCAAAGCUAUUGAUGAAGUAUAAUAUGGAUAGCAUUGGAAGUACGCAUGACAGAGAUUAUGGAAACAUGCUUAAGCAUGUUGAUAUUAUUUUGAAUUUUGAGGGAGAUUCGAAGCCACAAAUAUCUUCCAUUGAUGUAAACAUUGUCAUAUGGUCGUAUUCUACCGAGUACCCUUUACCAUUUGAAAUGGGGUACGACUUCUUUUAUAAAAACCACAAUGGCGGGAAACCUUCUAGUGACCCUACUGAAACAACAAAAGACAAUCUUCAAUAUUUAAAAGACCAAGUGUCUCGUUAUAUUGAUUUCAUUAGAAACAAUUCGAUUGACGUGACCAAAGAGUCGUUUCUGUACUUGAAAUCUGCACAGAAAUUAGGUGUCAAGAAAGAUAUCAUAUACAACUACUUCAAACCAACAAGUGUCAGCGAUAAUUGGGAUGUAUACCAACAAAAAGUGUUUCGAUGGAGCCAGAAAAUUAGAGUUCCACUAAUAGUGGACAAUAAGAGGAAUAUAAACCUUCUACCUUCUUUUCAAAGCUGUCUAGUUGGGCGGCUUUAUUGUUUGCAGAUUGCCGUUAAAUUCAAAGGCACACAUAACGAGCAAGUCGAGCUUGCACAUAACGUGGUGAAAGUCGAUGUACCUGUAUUGGUUGGAUGA